AUGAGGAGGAAAGGGAGCGAGUGCACAAGGAUCAGCCCAGCUGAGAUCGGCGCCGGCACGCCCAUGCUCUCCCUGGCGUCCAGAUCCGGCCGGAGCGCGCCGUCGGACCGGGACCGGCCUCGGCAAGUGCGGGGCGCCUGCGGCUCUCGCCUGCUGCGGACCGCGCGGUGGACGGCCGCGCGGUUCUACAGGCGAGCGAGAGUAAGCAUCGUCAGGGCGUUUCGGUCCUCGUCGUCGGCGACCAAGAAAGCAGCUGCUGCCACUGCUGCUUCACCGGAUUGCACGCCGGCGAGGCAUAGCAGUAGGCGGCGGCAGCAGUCCGCGCCACCGGUGGUCGUCGAUGACUCGCACAAGAGCGAAGCGGUGGAGGAGUGCAUCAGGUUCAUGAACUCGUCGUCGAGGAAGUACCGGUAG